UGAACAAUGGCCAUUCUCACAGAGAGAGAGAGAGAGAGAGAGAGAGAGAGCAAUGGCGCCGAUAGCUGUGGGUGAUGCGCUCCCUGAAGGGACUCUGGCUUGGUUCGAUGAGAAGGAUGAGCUCCAGCAAGUCUCCAUCCAUUCCCUAGCUGCUGGCAAGAAGGUUGUGCUCUUUGGUGUUCCUGGAGCUUUCACCCCAACCUGCAGUAUGAAGCAUGUGCCUGGAUUUAUAGAGAGCGGUGAGGAGCUGAAAUCAAAGGGCGUUGACGAGAUCCUUUGCAUCAGCGUCAAUGAUCCCUUUGUGAUGAAGGCCUGGGCAAAGACUUAUCCUGAGAACAAUCAUGUGAAAUUCCUCGCUGAUGGUUCUGCAAACUACACCCAUGCGCUUGGUCUUGAACUCGACCUUAGUGACAAAGGGCUUGGCACCCGUUCCCGGAGGUUUGCCCUACUUGCAGAUGACCUUAAGGUCAAGGUCGUAAACAUUGAGGAAGGUGGUGCAUUCACCAUAUCAGGAGCUGAUGAGAUCCUCAAAGCACUCUAAGAAGUUUCCACCCAUCAUUUUACCUUAAUCCUACUUUUAUGAUGGUCUUCUAUGCAAAGUCAAUUCCCUUAUCUUGCUGUUUGUAUGAACUAUCAAGAGGGUGUGAACCAUGCUUGCUUGGUAUUUGAUUAUGUAGUGUUGCUGUGUGGUUUGAAUAAGAUUUUAUUUUAUGCUAUAAAUGUCUUUUUUA